AUGGCCGAAGCAGCAAGAAAAGGACUGACCGCCUUCAACACUAUCAAACAUAUAAUCUCGGAGCUCAAAAAAGUGGAUAAGGUGAUCAACUAAUUAUCGAUUUGUAAACAAAAGAAUAAUUUGAUUGCAGACGUUCUCCCCGGAGUCUCAACAAUACAAGUUCUUGAUGGAUCAGAUGAGAGCCGAUCAGGUGACGACGAGAAGAUAUUCGAAAGCCGCGAACGAGUCCGAGAGCGUUGCCAAGCUCUAUCUGAGUUAUAUUCAAGGGUGAGCCUAUAGUUCAGUUCAAGCUAAGCGCAUAAAUGAAAUUACAGCACUCGCCGACUUAAUGUACUCCAAGAGCGAUACAAGGGAGCCGAAAAGACGGUCGAAGAGAGUGCCCGUCUUGUUGGAUUGAAGCUUCCAGAGCGAAAAUAUUGA